ACGAACCCACAAUUAUUGCUGUCACUGAGAGUCCCCUCAAAAUCUUGGGAAUGGUUUCUACAGGAUGGGUCAAAUUACAUACAGAUAGAUUCAUCUGAUAAAUAUGAUAUUGAUGCAGUGGAAGGUGAUGAACAGAAAACAACGUUGACUGUAUUUGAUACACAGUGUGUUCAUAAUUAUCGCUGUCAACUUGGAGAAUCAUACGCGAAUAUUGAAUUCCAGGCAACGGGGUCGGUAUUUUGUCAGGUUCUGAUUGGACCAACUGGUAUAGAAUAUGCCAAACCAGGAGAAGAUGCAACCUUGAACUGCUCUAUAGACUGGCAAUCAAGUUCACAACCUGUGAACUGGGUUAAAGUUGGUGAGAGCGGUGCACUAGCUGAAAUCACAGACCAGGGUUCUACUAUUAACGUAGGUGAUCCAGCCCAUUACGGUAUUGUGUACACAGCGCCAUACAGAUAUGACUUGCUUAUAUACAAUGUGGACCUAGAAGACGAUGAUGGAGAGUAUGAUUGUUAUUUUAGUUUACAGGGCAAUGCUGAUGGGGAAGUAGGAACACUUACUGUACUUGAUAGAAUAGAUUCAAUAAACAUAGUUGGCUAUAGUGAUGAUGCAGUUGUAACAGUUGAUGAAAAUGAAGCAAGAGAGUUUACCUGUGAAUCCACCGAUGGUAACCCAGCAGCUGAGUUAACGUGGACAAUAGGUGGUAAAGAUAUCACAGAAUACAGUACAUAUACAACACAAGUCAGCGAUAAUAAUGACAAACUACAUAACAGUAGGAGUGUGUUGAAUUAUACAUUCAAUGCAUCAGAUAAUGGAGAGGCUUUGAAAUGCCAAGGAUUUCAACAUGAAGACUUAACAGUUAGAAGUGCUCGUGUUUACAUGAAUGUAAAACACAUACCGAUAAUCUCCGGAAUUGGAGUUACUUCAUGGAGUGAUGGUGGUGUGAUAAAUGUGGAAUGUGUAGAUACAGCCAAUCCAGACUCAUAUCAAUAUGAAUGGGAAGCUGAGGGUGGACAGUUUGGUACUACAUCUGAGAACACAUGGGAACUUACAGAUACUGGAGAUGAUGGCCAAGAAGAGAUAACAUACGAACCCACAGUUAACGCUAUCACAGAGAGUCCCCUUAAAAUCGAAACAGGGUCUGACGCCUUGUUAGAGUGUGGCACAGAUGCUGUACCACCAUUUCCCGAGAACGAGAGUUGGGAAUGGUUUCUACAGGAUGGGCCAAAUUACAUACAAAUAGAUUCUUCUGAUGAAGGCUAUGAUAUUGAUCCAGUAGAAGGUGAUGAACAGACAACAACGUUAACUGUAUUUGAUGCACAAUGUGUUCAAACUUAUCGCUGUCAACUUGGAGAAUCAUACGCGGAUAUUGAAGUCCAGGCAACGGGAUCAGUGACUGGCAAUAUCGUCGCAUUUAUUAUACAUAGACGUCUUAAACGAAGUUUCUCUAAACAGUCUAUGUCGGAUUCAGGUGAUAAUUAUACAACACUUUCUACAAUGACCAAAGAUGCAGUACAUGUAUAUGAAAGACCCACAUUAAAGACAGAUGAGAACGUUGAAGACACUAAUUAUACUUCCCUAUCGCCAGAAACAAGCAACACAAAAUCUACAUAUGAG